UCACCGGGCGUGCAAGUAGUGCUUUAGAGAUACGGGGUGUAAUGUAACACAAAUGACUGCUGCAGUGAUUGUGAUUGUUGCGAUUGUGGGUGUCGCUUUUGGCACAUCGGUGGUGCUUAGUACGGAAUUGCCGCCGGACGUACCGAAUUGGAUUGGCAGUUUUCCAGGGGCAGAAGAAAUUUUGACAAACCUGACGCAGCUAAUUGACAGGAGUCCGGAGAAUUUGACAACAUGUGACCUGCAACUGGAAGCGUUGUGGCAGAGUAUGGUGGGCCGGCCACAGCUGUGGGCUCUGCAAAUGCUGGACGCGUGGUCCAAAUUACCCGCUGGGAUCCUGCAGGGCAACACAAACGACCUGGGCAACUAUGACGAGUGCCACAAGGUGGCGCACGAGACGGGCAACGUAACCAUCGGUCGAAUCGAAGGUCGCUACUGCCAGAUGACGAUUCCCUUAAACCUGAGCAGUCUCGCCGCAAGGCAGUUUCCCACCGAUUCAAGUUCCAAUGUGCUCGUCUUGCAGUUGGGAACCUGUUUCCCUGCAACGUGCGCUGCCAGUCAACUGCAAGCACUCUUCAAGGCCUCUGCCGGUGGAUUGUUGACCCUUCCAGAGAUAACAUUCACAUGUGAAUCACCGGCGCCCGAUCUCGGACCAAAAGAGGUAGCUGCAAUUGUGGUGUUUUGCAUCGUCGUUGCACUACUUCUGCUCAGCACUUUAUAUGAAGUGACGGCGUUGAUUGGAUCACGAGUACCGAACCGUAACUGGGCGAUGUUUUCGGUCUACUCCAACGGUAUUAAGCUGUUUCGGAUCAACGAACGACAGACACAAAGGCAGUCUGGUGUGAAGUCUAGUCAAAUUGACUGCUUGAACGGAAUCCGUGUCAUCUCGAUGGUUUGGAUUGUGUUCUGCCAUAACUACAUGACUUUGAUGUUGGGGCCGACUGUUAACAAAAUGGCUAUUUUCGAUUGGGUGAAAUCGUACCACAGUAUGCUCGUGGUUGCCGGAACAGUGGCGGUAGAUUCGUUCUUUCUGCUUAGUGGACUGCUGGUAUGUUGGAGUCUUCUGAAGGAGUUGGAUAAGAACCAAAAGCUCAAUCUCCCGAUGAUGUACCUGCAUCGCUAUCUUCGUCUAACUCCAGCCCUGGCGGCACUCAUCCUGUUGUCGUCCACUUUGAUGAAGUAUUUUGGCUCUGGUCCCAUGUGGGAUACCUCGAUCUCAAUGAUGGAGAAUGGCUGCCAACAGUACUGGUGGUCUGCUCUGCUCUACGUACAGAACUACGUUAAUCCAUUGAAGAUGUGCUUGGGUCACUCGUGGUACCUAUCGGUCGAUAUGCAGCUCUUCGUUCUAUCGCCCUUGCUCAUUUACCCACUAUGGAAGUGGGGACGAAGAGUACUCUACAUCAUUGCUGUGUUGAUCCUGCUCUCGAUGGGAUGCGUCGUGGGUUCAUUCCUAGUUAACAAUCUCCGACUAGCUUUCGUAGAUAGUGGACGGCAGGCGAUAGACAAGAGCCGAAUGGUUCUGGUGUAUUAUCCUACUCAUACUAGAGUGGGAGCUUGGCUAGUCGGAGUGAUCCUCGGAUAUAUCCUGCAUCAAACCAAGCAUCACAGGAUACAACUGUCAAAGAUCGCCUGCAUCUCAGGAUGGCUUAUCUCGUUGAGCAUCAUGCUAGCCAUCCUUCUGGGAGAUUAUCCGCUUCAACAACCGGAAACCUAUGCUGAUCAUCCGGUGAUCGUCGACGCCGUCUACGAAUCCACCAAUAGAGUCGUCUGGGCUGGAUGCCUUGCAUGGAUAGUGUUCGCCUGUGUCAAUGGCUACGGUGGACCAAUCGACACAUUUCUGAGUUUAUCCAUAUGGCAACCGUUGGGCAGGUUGUCCUAUAGCAUCUACCUACUGCAUCUUCCGCUACAAACGAUGCUGUUGGGAUCGGUGAGAAAUGCUGGAUAUUUCUCAGACAUCGCAGCUACUCACAACUUUUGGGGAGAUUUCGGACUCACGGUAACGCUGGCGAUAGUGUGGUGCUUAGCGUUCGAAUCUCCCAUCGUUGGAUUGGAGAAGGUUUUGCUGCGGGGAUUCAACAAACCCAAACCGGAGAAAGCCGUACUAGUCGAAGAGGAUAAGACUGAAACUCAAGAGAAUGGCUCAUCGGACACCCUAGCGCCAGCAUCCAGAGAACCAGUUUGAUUUAACCGAAUCAUUUCCAAUAAAAGUACCUC